CGAGCAGCGUGACCGACUCGGGCUCCCGUGCAGGGGGGAGGCGGAGGCAGCACAGGGCCUGCGGGAGGAGGGCGCGAGAGGCCGGAGCGGGCUUGGCAUCACCGAAGCCGGGACCUGGGCUCUACAGCAGAAUGGCAAACAUGCCGGGACUGAUGGAGAGGCUGGAAUGUGCGGUCAUCCGGCUGGAGCAGCUGUCUGCAGGGCUACAUGGACCUCUUGGAGGCUGUGGAGAAGUUAAUGGUGUCAAUGGAGGCGUGGCACCAUCCGUGGAAGCCUUUGACAAACUGAUAAACAGUAUGGUGGCCGAGUUCUUAAAGAACAGUCGAGUCCUUGCUGGUGACGUAGAGACUCAUGCAGAAAUGGUCCAUGCUGCUUUCCAGACCCAGCGUGCUUUUCUUCUCAUGGUUUCUCAGUACCAACAGCCCCAGGAGAAUGAAGUUGCUGUCCUUCUGAAGCCCAUAUCAGAGAAGAUUCAAGAAAUACAGACUUUCCGAGAAAGAAACCGGGGCAGCAACAUGUUCAACCACCUCUCGGCGGUCAGCGAAAGCAUCGCCGCCCUGGGGUGGAUAGCUGUGUCCCCCAAACCUGGUCCUUAUGUCAAGGAGAUGAACGAUGCUGCCACCUUUUACACUAACAGGGUCCUAAAGGACUACAAGCACAGUGAUGAGCGCCACGUGGAUUGGGUGAGAUCGUAUCUCAGCAUCUGGAGCGAGCUGCAAGCCUACAUCAAGGAGCACCACACCACAGGCCUCACUUGGAGCAAAACAGGCCCUGUAGCUUCCACAGCAUCAGCGUUUUCCAUCCUCUCCUCUGGGCCUGGUCUCCCACCGCCACCUCCACCACCGCCUCCUCCUGGGCCACCUCCACCUUUUGAGAAUGAGGGGAGACAGGAGGAGUCCUCCCCUUCUCGCUCAGCUUUAUUUGCCCAGCUUAAUCAGGGAGAAGCCAUCACAAAAGGACUCCGACAUGUCACAGAUGACAAGAAGACAUACAAGAAUCCUAGCCUAAGGGCUCAAGGACAAAUUCGAUCUCCAACUAAGACCCACACGCCAAGCCCCAUAUCUCCAAAAUUGAAUUCUCCUCAGAAACAUGCUCCAGUGUUGGAGCUGGAAGGGAAAAAAUGGAGAGUGGAAUACCAAGAGGACAGGAAUGACCUUGUCAUCUCGGAGACUGAGCUGAAACAAGUGGCUUACAUUUUCAAAUGUGACAGAUCCACUCUUCAGAUAAAGGGAAAAGUAAACUCCAUCACCGUUGACAACUGCAAGAAGUUUGGCCUGGUGUUUGAUCAUGCGGUGGGCAUUGUGGAAGUGAUCAACUCCAAGGACAUUCAGAUCCAGGUAAUGGGGAAAGUGCCCACAAUCUCCAUCAAUAAGACCGAAGGAUGCCACCUGUACCUCAGUGAAGAUGCGCUAGACUGUGAGAUCGUGAGCGCCAAGUCGUCCGAGAUGAACGUCCUGGUCCCUCAGGGUGACGAUUACAGAGAAUUUCCCAUUCCUGAGCAGUUCAAGACAAUAUGGGAUGGAUCCAAGCUGGUCACCGAACCUGCAGAAAUCAUGGCCUGACAUCCAAGAGCUAUCCUUCCUGAGUCUCCUCUAGCAAACAGGAGCAAGCCGCUAAUAGGAGCUAGAUUCACCAUAGCCCUGGCGUCCGUGCCAGCGUCCUGCAAUUCUGUGCCGUGGAAACCAGUAUCUCUUCUGGCAGGCUUUUAUGGGCAUUUUGAAAUAUUUAACAUUUGAUCAUGAUUUGUGUGUGAUUUUACUUCCACAUGAUAACUAGUAAACAGCAGUUAAAGGGAAAAGAAUUGUGUUCCCAUCACAACACCGGCUCCGUAACUGAUAAGGAAAAGCCCUGCCUAUUUCUUCCUUUCAGUUUAAUUGCUAGUUGAAAAAAAAAAUGAAGCCUUAGAGAAUCUAUGUAUGUUUUUACCUUUUAGACAACUUUAACAUGAUGAGAUAGUCUUGUGCCCUGAAGAAUAAACUCUAUUUUUUAAUUUUUACAUGUUCACCUUUAUCAGCGUGGACAUCCUGUCAGCAUGAAUGCACACUUUAGUCCAAGUUUUUACAAACACGCAUACAUACACAAAGAGGAAACGUCUAAGGAAACACAAUAUACCCUUUAUAGUUACUGAAAAACAAAAGAAAUUUUAACUCAUCAUUUUAAAUAUCCCACCCCCCUCAAGUCACUUUGAAAAUUCUAAUUUGUCUGCAUAUUCCUAAGACAAAGGGCAGUGGCUGGGAGGGCUGAGGUGGGGACUCAGUCCUCAUUUUUUGGCUUUGUAAUACCUCAAUGGUUCUGUUCCAAGAAUAGCUCAACCUUUGCUUUCCAGUUUUGAAGUUACCUGUACUCUCAGACAACCCCACACAGCUCUCUAAUACUUAUUAGAGAUGAGCCUCUCUUCCAACAGCCAGGCCAACCAGUUCUAACCAGCCUCAAAGACAAACGCCCAUGAGCCAGACUGUUGCUUCUCCACUCAGUUGUUUGGCUCUGGUUGGGUUUUCUAGUCUGAUAGUACACACUCUUCUAGGGAGCAACAACGCUCCCCACGCCUCUUCUCUGCACACGGCUGAGAACUCCGCAGCUUUCUGGGUCUUGUGUAACAAACACAAACUUAAGCUUUUGGAACCAAUGGAGGCAUCUAGAUUGUGCCUAUGAAUGCCUCGAUGGCCAGCGUUUUCAGUUUUUGAAUAGCUUCUAGAUCCAUGUAGUAUUCACAUCACUGAUGUUGGCGUAUCAAAGUUUUGCUGUAAAAGUUCUGUCCUUACGAACUGUGUUGUGGCUUUAGUAAGUAUAAUUUUUGAACAGUAAAGUUAUACUAAGUAAAACCUAAUUGUUUAAAUACUGAGAUGAAUCCUGGUUUGGUUUUGGGAAGGGGGAAGGUGUUUGUUUGCAUUUGUUUUGUCCUGUUUUAUCUUUUGCUUGCUUGCGUGUUGGUUGAUUUGUUUGCUGCAGUCAGCCAGAGAUACAAAUUGAGAUGCUAUCUAGGAAAAACAAAAUGACAGGGCCAAGAGAGAUGGCUCAGCAGUUGGAGGUGCUUAAGGCCGAGCCUGACAGCCUGAGUUUGGUCUCCAGGAACCAUGUGGUGGAAGGAGAGAAGUGACUUACACAAGAAGUCCUCUGAGCUCUACAUGCACAUCAUGAAAACACAUGUCAACACACACAUACAUGCAAGCACACAUACACAUACACACAUACAAGCACACAUGCAAGCACACACACAUACACAUGCUAGCAUACACACAUGCAAGGACACACACACAAGUUUAUUUUUAAUUUUAAACUUAAAAAA